GGAAUCACCCUAAAAUAAUUCCGACCUCCCUCCUUGACUGAAGGUUCAUUGCGGUGACUCUUUGACGUUAGCUGUCUACUACUGUGUAGUAAAACGUUUCAGUUGCGAUGUCUGGUCGUGUUCUCGUUGGCGUUAAGCGUGUCAUUGACUACGCAGUUAAGAUUCGUGUGAAGCCGGACAACACUGGCGUGGUGACAGAUGGCGUUAAGCACUCAAUGAACCCUUUCUGUGAGAUUGCUGUGGAGGAGGCAGUCAAGCUGAAGGAGAAGAAGCUUAUUAAGGAGGUUGUGGCUGUUAGCUGCGGGCCACAGCAAGCACAGGAGACCAUCCGUACUGCUCUUGCCAUGGGAGCAGAUCGUGGCAUUCAUGUGGAAGUGAGUGGGAAAGAUUAUGACAACCUGGGACCUCUGCAGGUCUCCAAAAUCAUGGCUGCUUUGGCCAAGAAGGAGGAUGCUCAACUCAUCAUCCUUGGCAAACAGGCCAUCGAUGAUGACUGCAAUCAGACAGGCCAGAUGACAGCAGCCUUACUGGACUGGCCUCAGGGUACGUUUGCAUCAGAGGUGUCACUGGAAGGAGACAAGGUUAAAGUGGUGAGAGAAAUUGAUGGUGGCCUGGAAACUAUUAAGAUCAAUGCACCUGCAGUGGUUACGGCAGACCUUAGACUCAACACUCCCAGAUAUGCCACCCUGCCUAAUAUCAUGAAAGCCAAGAAGAAGAAGAUAGCUAACAUGAAGCCUGCAGAUUUAGGGGUGGACCUCACAUCACGGUUGGAGGUGCUGAGAGUGGACGAGCCCCCACAGAGACAAGCUGGGAUGAAGGUGGAGACGGUGGAGGACCUGGUGGGCAAACUGAAGGAGGCAGGGAGGAUAUAGAGGUUUUAGGAACAUAAGCACAGGAGUGCAGACCUCAGCAGAAGGGACUAUGUGAUGAAUGACUGGACUGUAUUACAUAAGCACACCCAGAGGACUAGCUUAUGAGUCGGUCUAAUCCCUUUGUCUGAGACUGUGGCUCCUGAGGAUAUGCAGGGAGGUACUGACAAGACAGGAGGACUACUGAGAAACACCGUCCUGCAGCGAACCCAGACAUCCCCACAACGAUCAUCACGUCUUUUAUGUGCAUUUUAACUCAACAUGGGUGGUUCAGCUGGAUCACAGGCUACAGAUCUAACUUUUAUGCAGUAAUUUAAAUCCAGAAACCUCGCGUCACUCAUGUUGUUGUACGUUACCAACACACUACGAUGCAUUUCACCAACAGCAGCUUGGCUCAGCUGUUUAAUCUUGUAUAUCUCUGGUCAUACAUGUUAAGAGGUGCAGGUUUUGUAAAUGAUAUGUAAAUAUGGACCCAAACAUGCUGAUGAUUAUGUCCUUCAAGAUUUAUGUCAAGUCUGGUGUUAAUUUGUGUAAUUGUCAGUGGGUUUCAGGUCUGUCUAGAUGGUGUCUCUCAGUAUGGGUAAAGGAAGAUGAUCAACUAUGAAUUUUGCCAUAAGCGCCUCAGUUCUCUGUGGAUUGUACAGACCACUACCAUGACAAUAAAGCAACCAGUCUUUUUCAUAUCUAAA